AUGGCGGCUGAUCAGGCGGUAAACUCGGAGGCACGUCUCUGGGGACCGUUUAAGGAAUUAGAGAGGAUUAUCAAUGCUGCAAUCUACAAGAAAAAUCCAGAUGCUGUUCUUGAUUUAGAAGUUGGACUGAAACAACAAAAACCACAUUUUAUAUCUCUGCUGAAAAACCCCCCAAAGAAUACCUUAUGCCGAGAUGCAGUUAGGAAGUCCAACACAGUUGGUUUGCCUGUUCAAGGGGAACAGACGAGUCAGACUUUUUCCAGUCAGUUCAUUGAGGAGGCACUCAUCCUCAGUGACUUGUUCAACAUGAACGAGGUGGCAGCUGUGGAACUACUGACAGAAGGUGAGAGAAAACAGGCUGAGUUUCCUGGACUGACUCGUGGACUUGUGGCAGUCCUGUUGUACUAUGAUGGUCAGCGUAGCCUGGUCAGUGGCCUCCGGACACUUGUCCAGUCAAGAAAAGGUCGUACCUGGACCAUGGAACUGUCGCCUGACCUGGCCAAUCUGGUUACUCAGUUCACUGACCAGCUCAUCCAGAAAGACGGUUUGGUCAACAAAGUUCUAGAUUUGCUUAAUACCCGAGACCCAAAGAAAGAGAUGGACCGCCUACAGCGUGACAGAGCUCUUGGAUCUCCAAAACACACCAAACAGGUUAAAGACAUCUACACAGAGAUAAACCUUAUCCUUGCUGACUGUCUCUUCUGUCUAUCAUCCCAACAACCCUUGGACAAGACUAGCACCCUGCGUCUUAUCACUCACCUCAGGGGAGCUAAUGCUGUGAGUGGAGAAGGUCCCCUUGAUUUGGUUAACCUCUGUCUGCUUAUGGCUCUGCUGUAUUGCUUUGAUGUCAGUGUACUGGAGCAGGAAGAUGCAGAGGAAUCUGUUAAGAAUCUGCCUCUGAUGAAUGACGCCAGCUAUGUUGGGGAGAUACACCAGGCACUGACCGGUGGUCAGCAGUGGACCAACAUGGGUCUCAGAGGUAUAGCACAGUUUGCCUGGGGACUUACACUGCGACAGCUGUCACAGUACCACACUCCUGCAGGUGUGAACAAGAUUUGUGAGGAGGAUGAAAGCCUAAUCACCAUGGCACUCGACAACAAUGUGUUCCACUAUAUGAUCAAGUCAGUGGUGUCUGUACCAGACUUCCACUGUGAGGAAUUUUACAUGAGGAAGAUACAUGGCCUUUUGACAGAUUUUAUAUUCCACAUGCCACUGAAGGUGAAAGAACUCCGUAACCGUAGUGAUGAGGCUGCGAGAAUUCUCAUGUCCCAAACACAGGAUGGCUUGGAUACAACUAUCUCUCCAAACAGGGGAUUUGAGUACCUUCUCCAGUUGAUUGGUGAUCUCUACAAUAAGGACCCUCAAGGCUUGGAUUUAUGUCUGGAAUAUUGGUGUCCUCAGGAGGCCUCCUCUCUGCAUGAGUCCAUGUAUCACUACCGGCCCCCACAGAGACAGGUUGCACUCUACAAAUUUGUGCGUCUGGCAGGCGACCUUUUACCAUCAUUUCUAUACCAGCCAUACAUCAACAUGCUUAUUGGCCUAUCAAGCAACCAACAGGGGGCUCAUCACUGCUUCGACCUCCUAAAGAGUAAUGGGAUGGGCUCAGGAGGCCCGGCCAGUUCUGUGUCCUGGAACCACAUCUUUACUUCUCUCAACCAGUACUACACAAGUCUGAGACGAGAAGCCCCGACAUCUGCAGAUGCCUCUCACCAUCAGAGGGCACCACACAUACGAGGCAUAACCCCUGCUGAACUGGAAGGCCUUGUCACGGUCCUUAAACUCACACGUACCAUAGCAGAGCAGAAUGAGAACUGUCGUAUUGCCCUGUGUGAGAACCAGCAGUGGUCAGUGGUGAUGAUCAUGUUCGGACUUGUUACCUGUAGCAUUCCCUCGCCUCUAAAGGCUGAAUUGUUCCACACUCUGGCUGCCUUCGCACGCUCACCUGACAUUGCUGCUAGUCUUUGGCAGACUCUAGAGGUGUCUCAGAUAUUGCCUACAAUCCAGUCUAAGGGUGCAGGAGGGAUCCAGGUGGAGCUGGAUGAGAUCGAGAGUCGUAAUGAAGAGUACCCAAUGAUUCAGGGCUUCCUGGCGCUGAUGGAUACCCUGACUGAUAUUCCCGUCCCUGCAGGACUUGGGGCAGGAAUCAGGGCUCCAGGCUUUGAUCCCUACCUACUCUUCUUGAGGGACUCCGUUUUCUUAAGGUUUAAUUCUAGAGCCUAUAAAACUCCAGGCGAAAAGUGGGAGAUUGCUGCAUCUGUGUUAAACAUCCUAAGUAAAUUACUGCGUGAACAUGAUAUUGUUCCCGAGGACUUUGUGGAUGAGCUGAUUGAGGUACAGUCGGGAGGAACAGUAGUGGCCAACAAAUCUGCCGGUCAUACUCUGUUGGUGCACAUGCUUAACGACUCAAGCCUUCUUCGCAUGAUACUGAGAAUACUUGAUGAUGUCAUCAACCAGCUGGAAACCUACACAGAUGUCCCAGGUAAGGUCCAGAUGGAGCGGACAGCCUUACUUUGUCUGCAUAUGAUUGAAUAUACCCUAGAGAAGGCUGACCAGUUUGUGUCGGCUUGUCGAGAGACUGGAGCCUCCAUCAUGGUUGUCUCUAUGGACAGACUUCUACUGGGGAUCAAUCCACGCACAGGCAAACCUGAUCAUCUCGUCAACAUUGCAAAGUACAUUACCUUCAGCACGUUCUUACCAAAUCAUGCCCAGGCCGCCAUGACAGUUCUCUACCGUGUGUGUCGUACAGCCCCGAUACAGACCAAACUUCUUAAUCUCUUUACUGCCGAGGAGAAAACAUCAUGCGACCUAAAUUUACUUCAUGGUUUUGUGGAAUGUCUGGAGGUGGACGAGGCUGAGGAAGUAGUUCAGAACAGAGUUAUUCAACUUGAUGAAGCAGCUGUGGAAAUGAACGUCCUGAGUACUGUGAGGAACUCCACUCGUCAGAACUUGUUGCGGAUUAUCCUACACUGUCUAGAUCAGCCAGCGCCCAACCUAGCACACCUUCUACUGGGCUUUGACCUCCAGAAACCUGUACACAAGACUAACUUACAGGACCAAGGAAUCCUAGGGUCACCAAAGACCUGCCUUCAUGCAGUGUUGAGCAUUCUGGACCAGGGAGUGGGGUCGCCAGGCGGGCCAUCCUGUCUCCGUGAAACACCACAGCUGGCUGAGCUAUGUUACAAACUUAUCUUCAAACUCUGCUCGAAUAAAGAUACCUCUGCCCCAACCCUGAGAUUUCUUCGUACAUCAAGGGAUUUUCUGUACCGACAACUACAUCACCUCCCCUAUGCUACUGGCAUGUAUGCCCACCCAGUUACCAGCCAUCAGGCUUGGCUCCUUAAGACAGUGGCUGUAGAACUCAGGAUGACAUCUCUAAACCGACAGCGCUCUCACACACAGCGCCUGAUGAGGCUCUUAUUGGACGACAAUCAGGACGACCAGGGUAAAGGUCUUAAUGCCGGUGGUGUAGAGGAGACAGAUGCCUUGUAUGAUAGAUUUGGAGACACCUCGAUGUAUCUGUCUUCUUUCUCACAGAACAAACAACUUCGUGGUAAACAGACCAGACGAAAAUUGUUGUGUCUCCUAGAUACUGUAGACUUUACACAACACUACCCAACACCUCUGUCUCUCGAGUUCUUUGAGCCAGCCAUGAUUGAGAAAGUAAUUCGCUCCACUGAGAAUGUGGGCGAGCAUGGAGUUGUCUGUUCUAAUAUCAACCAACUGCAUCAGGUCCUCACAAACGAAUUAAACAACGUCCAGGGAACCGUCAUGGCUGCUCAGAGACAUCGAAUCUUGGAGGAGGUACAGGGGAUACUGAGGAAUGUUGUGGACAGAAAUGAAGUUCGUGUGAACCUGAAGGUGAAGCAGCAGUCUUUUGAGGCUUGGCGACAGGUGGCUGAGAUCCUACUGACAUCUUGUCCCGAGGACCUGCUGCCCCGUGACACUCGUCAGGCGAUUUUGUUCGAGCUGCUACAGGAUCUUCUACAAAAAGUUGCUGAUGAGGCUGCCUUGACAGAGUUGACAUCACCAGUUGCUGGUGUAAUUCUCACACUUAUGGCAAACCUUCGUCAGUGUUUCUCUGUGGAGCAAACAACGUCAGAUGGUGACAGAUACACACGUUACCCCUCUCAGCUCCAGGAUAACAGUACCACCCUUGGUCAAUCCGUGGCCUGGGGCGAGGGCUCCGGAUCUAGGACACUGUUUGCCACAUCUCUACAGCUUGUCCUCAAAGGCCUUAUAGAACACAUUCUCAGAUCAAGUGGAGGGUUACAGAGAGUGAGAGCCAACUUGUAUGGAUCAUUGCUGUAUUAUCUACAGAUCGCACAGAAACCAAAGACUACCACCAACCCAGACAAGGACCAGGAUGGAGUGGGAGGGAGAAUCUUGGCUGCAUCAGACUCGGAGUAUGACCAGCUAGUGAAAGAGAACGUGACCACCAUCUUAUCAUACGGGGACAAUUUUAUGGAGACUGUGUGUCGAGAUGCCUGUGAUGGCCAUGAUGUUGGUCGGAUGUUAGCGCUGUCUGUGAUGGAUACGAUUCUGUCCAUGGAUAAGUUCCAACAGUGGCUGACAUUCCUAUCCUCUAAAGGCUACCUCCAACACCUGGUGGACAGUAUACUGCACGACGAUGAACAACUACAGACACUCUUGUCCCAGAACCCAGAACUUCGCAUCCUCUACAUCUAUGAGUCUAAAAUGGGCCUGCUGACAAGGGUCGCAGAAUCCACUACUGGAGCUCAUACUAUCCUUCGAUGUGGCCUCAUGCAGCGUCUGGCUGGUUGUUCUUUCUUUGACAUGCGACCAGAGCUGGAAAGGUCACGUGAUACCCAGGGAUUUCUGGAGUCGGAAGAGUUCAUCCCUAGUCCAAUGGCACGAUAUCAACAUGUACUGUUUGCCAGUCUGAAGCUGUGUCUGGCUCUACUCACCUCUCUUGGUAUAGAAAACCAGGAUGCUGGAAACCAGGUGCUGCAGUUUAUAUUUGCCCAUGGGGAUGUGUUCCACAAUAUAUUGAGGGAUCGUCAGCCAUCACUAAAUUUGUCUGCUCUGCGGGAGCUUGCUCUGACAACAGCUGUCAUUGCCAGGGCCAACUAUAGAGGCAUUCCUGAUGCCGAGUUUGAUGACAUUGAGACAGCAGCAAUUGAAUUCAGAGGUCACAAAACACGGAUUGAACGACAGAUGUUAGCACUUGUUCCCAAGUACUGUCUAUCAGAGAAACUCACCAAACAGCUUCGCAAUCUUGAGAGUCAACAGUUACAGGAAGGUCGUGACCUUAAGGCUGAGGUCACGCUAGCCUAUCAGGAGGUCGCAGCCAACGUUACAUCAUUUUGUAGAGCUGUAAUAUCUACAUCAGGUUAUUGCUCGCAGUUUUGUCGUGUGAUUUUUGGUCCAAGUUUAGAGGAAGCAUUGGCUCGAGACAUCAGAAACACAGAGGAGUUUUCUCUGUCGUCGAUGACUCCAGCCCACAUACCUAAUCUGGGCAUUAUUGUCUAUCAGCUGCGUCAGUGUGCUGGACGCUUCAUGUCUGUAUACGACACGCAUCAACAACAUUUCCGUAAACUACAAAGUCUUGCUGACCUCAGCACAGAUGACCUGAAGGAAUUUUCAGGUGUUCCUGCUACAGAGAAAAUGCCUUCACAUCAGCGACAGCACCUGGCACAUCGACGCCUUGCACAGAUUGUCCACUACAAAGGUGGUGAACUUAAACACCUGGCAUAUAUUAUAGAGAACUGUAUAUUCAUACUGUGGCGCCAUCUAGAGUAUUACCUGUUACAUUGUGUACCUAUAGACCAACAGCCAACACUUUAUCAGUCCCAGGUGAAACGACAGCAACAGAUGCGUCGCCUACAAGACAUGACAGGUACAAGCAGCACAUUCUACGAAUCUGAUGUGGGGGCGACAUUCUCUGAGGGAGAUGAGCUGACCCGGGGCGUGACAAGGGAGGAACUAGCUACACUUAAACAAACGGCAGCGUCUGCCAUUACAGAGUCCUUACUAAAAAAACUGUCAGAAAUUAAUCAGAGUUUCUGUAAGAAUAGGUCCCAUUAUGGAUUUGUGGAGGCGUUAAUUAGACGGACCAAACGGUUACUGAGGCUCCACACGGGCAGCUGAUAUGGCCCAGGAAAAUCUGUUAAGACAAUUUAUCAUUGUGGGAAGUGAAUUGUGGUAGAACUUAAUGUGAAAAUCAUGUUGUAUCUGCGUUCAAAAUGACUGGCAUGAAAUAUAAUACAAAGAUGAACAAAAACAGCAGAAUGUCGCGCAUGUGGGGAAGACAGAGUGCGGAGAUUCUAGAUCAUCACUCUCUAAACAAAAAGGAAUCAAUAUGUGUACUUUAUUUGUUAAAUAAAACAUAUUUUUGUAUGAUAUUGAUUAGAGAAAACAUGACAUUACAUAUUCAUGUUAAUAAAAACAUUAUCAACGUUUAAUUUAUUUUCAACCAAGCUCUUCAUUAAUAUGACAGAAAUAAUGAGACUGACAUUUUGAGAAUUGGUUUACAGGAAAACAGAGUCUUUAUUCCAUCAUUAAAAAACGUCAAUUAAACCUUGACUUAGAGGGUCCAGUAAGUAAUAAUGACAACAGUGUACCUAUAUCACCGUGACUUGGAGGGUCCAGUAAGUAAUAAUGACAACAGUGUACCUAUAUCACCGUGACUUGUAGGGUUCAGUAAGUAAUAAUGACAACAGUGUACCUAUAUCCAACAGUGUACCUAUAUCACCGUGACUUGGAGGGUCCAGUAAGUAAUAAUGACAACAGUCUAUUAGUACAUAUAGAUAUAAAGAUUACUUAGGCAAUCAGCAGCAACAACAAAAUAAACAUCAGCAUUGUUUGUAUCUAUUUAUAUAAAUUGUGAUUGCUAUCCAAUAAAU